AUUCAAUUCACUCACUCUACUUCAAACCAUCCAAUUCCAUCAUCUUAUCAAUCCUCUAUAACUCUUCAAUUCAUCCAUCCAAUCAAAUAACCUCAGUUUUAUCAUUACAAUGGCCGACUCAUCGGCAACUCCUAAUAAACCUCAAGUCGAUAGUCGUCCGGUUCAGGUGAAAUUGGUUUUAUUGGGUGAAGCUGCUGUUGGUAAAUCUUCAGUUGUACUUCGAUUUGUUCAAAACGACUUUCAAGAAAAUAAAGAACCUACAAUUGGUGCUGCUUUCUUAACUCAGAAAUGUAGGUUAGAAGAUAAAGUGAUCAAAUUUGAGAUUUGGGAUACGGCAGGUCAAGAACGAUUUCAUAGUCUUGCACCUAUGUAUUAUCGUAAUGCUCAAGCUGCUGUAGUAGCAUAUGAUGUGACUAAGAGUUCUUCUUUGGAUAAAGCUAAAUCAUGGGUUAAAGAACUUCAACGUCAAGGUAACCCUAAUAUUGUGAUUGCCCUUAUCGGAAACAAGAUCGAUCUCGUUCAACAAGGUUCCGGUUCUUCUAGUUCUGGUUCCUCAAAUGGUGAUGAUGAAGCAGAUGAUGCUACGGCUACCCCUGAUAAUGCUGCACCUGCUGCUGGUUCUUCUGAUUCAAACACAAACCCUUCUGCAUCUUCUUCUAAACGACAAGUUUCAAAAGAUGAAGCUGAAGCCUAUGCUAAAGAUGCUGGCUUACUCUUCUUUGAGACUAGUGCCAAGACAGGUGAAGGAGUUGUAGAGGUCUUUACUCAGAUCGCUGCUAAAAUUCCUUUAGAGCAUAUCUUAUCUUCUACUCGUGGUGCGGCGGGUGGAGCAGGUGGUCGAGCUGGGGCUGCAGGUCGUGGUACAACAGGUUCGGGUAAUGAUGAUGGAAGAGUGAAUCUUUCAAAGAAUGAUGAACAGAAGAAAGAUGCAUGUGGAUGUUAAAGUGAAGAAUUAUGUUACGAGUUGGUUCCUUAUCGCAAGGCUUUAACAUCUAUCAGCCUAUUUAAUUGAGUUUUAAGACUUUUGAACUUCAUUUCAAUCUACUUUGUGUUAGAACUUAAGCUUUUUGGUUUUCUUUUUUGUUUUGUUUUGUGACGGACAUGCAUUAGAUAAGCCUUAGCUUAUAAUGAAUGGUCCAUUCCAUUCCAUUACUAUUAGAAAUCUAUAUUGUAUUUUUAAAAGUUUUUUUUUUUCUUUUUUUUGGUUCAACUUCUUCAGAAUAACAAAUCUUCUUUUCUUUUCCUUCUUAUUCUCUUAUACUAAAGAUUUAAGUGUUUUUGCUUUGCUUUGAUACUCUUGAGAAUUUGAUUAAAGUUGAUCAUCUGU